AUGUUGAAAUUAACACAUCAUCUAUCGUUCAUUUUAUUAUUUAUAAGAAUUAGCGUUAUAGCAGCAGAAGGCAACAGCAGUCAUUAUCAAAUAAGUUCAAUAAUUAAUGAUACCUAUAAUUUGUAUGAUACAAAUUUACGUUAUAUAACAAAGAAGAUACACGAAUAUCGUGAAACAGCAUAUAAUGAAUACCAGUCAGCAAAAUUAUUAGCAGACUUUUUAGAAAAAGAAGGCUUCUUAGUUGAACGUGGUAUUGCUAAUCGUACAACAGCAUUUGUUGCUACCUAUGAAAGUGGUGAUAGCGUUAAUACCAGUACUAGUGGUAGAAUUGUCUCAUUUAAUUCUGAAUAUGAUGCACUACCUGUACUGGGUCAUGCAUGUGGACAUAAUCUAAUUGCGAUAGCUGGUCUGGGUGCUGCUUUAGCUGUUAAAGCGUAUUUAAACGAAACAAAGUGUAAUGGUACUGUAAAACUAUUUGGUACACCAGCUGAAGAGACAGGUGGUGGUAAAAUCGAUCUGGUUAAUCAUGGUUACUAUAAAACAGUUGAUAUGAAUAUUAUGGUACAUCCAACACAAAAGCAUGGUGGUGCAUUCGUUCCCUAUCUGGCCUUACAGGGUUUUGAAGUUGAAUAUUUUGGUAAAGCUGCACAUGCAGCAGGCUCGCCCUGGGCAGGUAAAAAUGCAUUGGAUGCAUUACUAACAGCAUUUAAUUCACUGAACGCAUUACGCCAACAAUUGCAUCCGUCGUUUCGUUUACAUGGUAUUAUAUUGAAUGGUGGUACAGCAGCAAAUAUUAUACCGGAUUAUACACGUGGUGAAUUUGUUAUACGUGCACCAACUGUUGAACAAUUGCAGAAUGAUUUAAAACCCCGUGUAGUGGCAUGUUUUGAAGCAGCUGCCAUAGCGACCGGUUGUCAAGUCAAAAUUACUAAAAAAAGUGCAUAUAAUGAUGUUAAACAAAAUGCCGUUCUAGGUAAUCGUUAUGAACUCUAUUCAGUUGUACAAGGCACUCUACUACCAUCGAAACAAGAACAAUCCCUUUUUUCAACUGGAUCAACGGAUCAAGGAUAUGUGAGUUAUGCAGUACCAUCGAUACAUGCUGAUUAUCGUAUAUUAACGGAAAAUAAUCAAGGACCACAUACAAAAGAAUUUGAAUUAGCUACAAUUAGUGAAAAAGCAUAUCUCGAGACAAUUAAGGCAUCGAAGGCUUUGGCUGCUACAGCUAUUGACUUCUUAGAAGAUGAUGUAUUUGCAAAGAAUGUCAUUGAUGAAUUUCAGUCAUCUAAUACUAAUACUACGGCAACUACCGCAUAA